AUGAUUAUUAACCGUGGUAAUAAUCAUGAUAAUAAUAUUAUUAUCAGUAGUAGUAAUCAUAAUGAUGAUGAAAACAAUCCUAACAAUAAUAGAAAUCAAAAAGUCCUGGUCCAUGUAACAACUACCACCAUCAAUAAUAAUAAAAAUCAUGGCUGCGUAACCACCAUCAAUAAUAGUAAUAAUAUCUAUUCCCAUGUAACCACCAGGAAUAAUAAUAAUAUUGUCAGCAAUAGUGAAAAUUAUAAUAAUGAUGAUGAUUAUGAAAGUUUCACUGAAAGUUCCAUCUCCACUAAUGCAAAUAAUCAUCAUAUAGUAUCUAGUGAUGAAGGUUUCACUAAAAGUCACAUAUCCACCAAUGGUAAUAAUAAAAAACAAGCUAUUCAUACAACCACCAUCAAUAACAAUACUACUGACAGCAGUGACAAUGAUACUGAUACUGAUGAAUGUUCCACCAAGAGUCCUGUCCAUAGAUUGGCUCCUGAAGUUGUUGGUCAAACAAAAUAUUCAGAACUAUAG